ACCGCUCCGGUUCGGGUUCUUACCCUAAGAAGCUACACCCACAAUCAGUGGAUUAAUUUUCUUCCAUUCCUCUUCAUCAUCGUAAUCGAUCCCAGAAUUAAACCUAGGGUCAUCUCUUUAAUCGAUCGCGGUACUUGCAUUUCUUUGUAAUUCAAUCUCCACCAUAAAAAUCGUGGAGUACUGAAGUUUCUCAUCGCCGGAGCGUCUCACUUAUGGGGGGAGGUAACAAGAAAAUGAAUAAGGCCCGGAGCCGCAAGCCAUCGGCGUCUUCUGGUCGAGCUCUUUUCGUAGAGGGUGGUAUCUUGUCCGAUUGGUCACCGAGUUCAUCUUUCCCAAAAGGAAGAAAUCCAAGUAAUAGGAAGGAUAAUUCAAGGUCUGUGUCAAGAUCUGGCUAUUCUGAUAGAGGGGAAACGUCUGGAUCAAGGAGUGAAUCUCAAAAAAGUAAAGGAAUCAAUUACGUUUAUCCUGCAAUUUAUUUCCAGGAAGAUGGUCAGGACAGUUUAGAAGAGUCACAACCCAUUGUUCUGGUUGAUUCAAAGAAAGCCAAGAUUGUUGCUUAUGUAGACAAUACACCUUCCACGGGAAGCAAAACAAUGGAAUAUACUUACAGUUAUGGUCCAAAUUUCUCACUAGAUGAUGGUUCUCACCGAGGAUUGGGGUUUUGUGAUGAAGUGGAAGCAAACCAAACUGUUGAAUCAUCCAUGACAAUGGAAGAACAAACUGUUUCUUAUUCUCAUAUGUCAUCCUCAGAUGUAGAGAUGGGUGGACCUGGUUGCUGUGGCCAUGGUUUAACUUCACAUUCAUGUGAAGAUCCUUCUAUGGUGUCACCUUCAGAGAAAAACCCCGGGUUUUUGACAAUUGGAGGUUUGAAAUUAUACACGCAAGAUAUUUCGGAUGGUGAAGAUGAUGUAGAUGAAGAAGAAUUAGCUGAUGAGGAAAGCUCAUCAAGUUCUGGAGAAUUGGAGACCUCAUCUGAUAGUGAUGAUUCUGAAAAUACCUAUGGAAGUUAUUCAGACAUAGAUGACAAUAUUGCAGAGGAUUACCUCGAAGGAAUUGGUGGAAUGGAUGAAUUUUUAAAAAUGCGCAUGAAAGAUGUUGAUGAUGAUGAGAGUUCUUCUGAUGGCACUUUGGAAAAGAAGUUGGGUGGGAUUGCUCUUCAGGAAGCAUCAAGAGAAUAUGGAAUGAAGAAAUCAACAAGACGGAAGGACAAAGGAAAAGGAAUUGAUACUCGUGUUUGGUCUUCUGGUUUAGAUGACCUUAUGCUUGUAAAGGAUCGGAGAAAGAACAUUUCUUCUAGCUUCCCUCAGUCCUGGCCUUCCAUGGACCGAAAGAGUAAAAAUUGGAGUAAAUUUCCUGGUGAAAAGAAGAAAUAUCGCAAAAAAGUCAUUGCUCAAAAGCGUCAAGAGAGAAUGAUCCGCCGUGGUGUUGAUCUUGAGCAGAUAAAUAUAAAGUUGCAAAAGAUUGUUCUUGAUGGGAUUGAUAUGUUUUGCUUCCAACCAAUGCACUCCAGGGACUGUUCACAGGUGCGAAGAUUGGCUUCUAUCUAUCAUUUGGGGAGUAUGUAUCAGGGUUCGGGCAAGAAAAGAAUUGUGACAGUCACCCGAACAGCAUCUUCUUCUAUGCCAUCCGCCAGUGACAAGAUUCGUCUACAGAAAUUGAUGGGAGACUCUAAUAAGAAAGAUGACUUUUCCAUCAAUGGUCUAAAGGCAGUUAAAGUCGACAGAAACACAAGUAAGAAGCAAUUUGAAUCUGCUAAAGGAAAAUCAAAAGGGAGUGCAAAUAAAGUAUCAUAUUCUUCUCAGCCUCUCUCUUUCGUAUCAAGUGGUAUCAUGUUAUCUAAAUCCAUAGAAGAAAAUUCAAUCGAGACAAAAGAGACAAAUGAUGCUUCUGGAAGCUCAAUGAAAUAUGGUGCCUUUGAGAUGCAUACGACAGGCUUCGGGUCGAAGAUGCUUGCCAAGAUGGGAUUCACAGAGGGAAGUGGCCUUGGAAAAGAUGGUCGAGGAAUUACAGAACCUAUUGAGGCAAUCCAAAGGCCCAAGGCUCUCGGUUUGGGUGCUAAAGCUUCUGAAACGGCCAGCCAACCACAACAACCUAGUACUAGUAGCAAACCGAGAAGAAAUGCAAGUGUGGUAUUAUCUGAAGGAGAGGGUAAUCGGAAAUGUGGGAAGAUUGAGAUGGGGAAAUGUGGGAAGAUUGAGAUGGAGAAAUCAGGAGCUUUUGAGAAACAUACAAAAGGAUUUGGUUCAAAAAUGAUGGCCAAGAUGGGUUUUGUGGAAGGAUCGGGUCUUGGUAAAGAUUCGCAAGGAAUGGUGAAACCAAUUAAUGCAGUUAGGCGGCCUAAAGCUCUAGGACUGGGGGCAGAAAAACGUGCAGAAAAACGUUAAAACUUAUUUAUUUGAAGUUGACAGUGUUGUUAUAAGACUAUGUUUUCAUAUUGUUUAUUUUAUUUCGAACCAUGCAUGAGAAACUUGUGGUCACUCACAGUUCUUACCAAAUUCUGAUUAUUAUUAGUAAGUAAAUAUCACUCUUUUUAAUAAUGUCAUCAUGGCUAACUUUUCUCUCAA